AUGGAUACCCAGUCCUUGAACUGGACCCUCAUCAGUGAGAUGGCCGCUGCUCUCACUCAAGAGCAGAGGGAUGCGGCCGAAUGGAGGAUUGCUAAUACCGGCAAAAUUUCGAUGCAGAACUUCAAGACAGCUAUAGGCUUUCUCUUUGCCCUCGCAUCUCUUGCAUUCAUUGGCCGCAUCUUUAUUCGGGUCUGGUCACGUCACCGGAUUUUACUGGACGAUGGCGUCCUCAUCAUCAGCUUCGCAUCCUUGGUUGCUUCAACAUCUAUCUUCUACAAAAGAGCCCGAAUCAUCUACCUUGUCUUCUCUCUCAUGAGAAAUGAUCAGGUGGUGUCUUUGAUUGCUUCUCAGGAGAUCGCCGAUGUAUAUGAUCAAAUGAACUGGUCAUUCGCCUACAUGACAUUCUUGUGGACUACCAUCUUCAUGGUCAAGUUCUGCUACUUCGCGUUCUUCCACACGCUUCUGCUGUCAAUGCCACGAGUAUUGAUACGAUACUAUUGGACUGCAGUGGUUGCCACGGCCGUUGCCUGGAUUUACAUGAUCCUACAGCAGCUGAUUACUUGUCCAUACUUUGGGUCAAGUUCUUCAAAAUGCUUCCCUAAUCUUCCGGUGUCUAACGCGGUCUUGAAUUUCACAUUCUGGACAGGGCCAGUUCUGGAUGCCUUGACAGACGUUGCAAUCAUUUCUAUUCCCAUUCUCGUCCUUCAGAAAUCGCAGAUGGCACUCUUGACCAAAAUUGGCUUUGGUGUCUUCCUUUGUCUCUCUCUUUUUAUGCUGGCGUGCUCCAUAACGCGCGCUGCUGGGACGUACUACAGAGAUACACUUGACGUUCCGUGGCAAGUCUUCUGGCUGCAUGCUGAAGCCUGUAUCGGCGUAUUGAUGGCCUCAGUUACGGUCUAUCGGGCAGUGUUAGUCGGCCCAACCAAAGGCGCUUCUCGCAGCUUCCGCAGAUUUGUGGACAAAGUCAUGCAAAUGCGCUCGUCUGAAUCUGAACGCUGCUCGGAACCACAGCAGCGCACCAUGCCGGCCCGAUUUGGCUGGUUUUUGCUUUCGAAGAUACCCAACGCCACCCUGACCGGUCUUGCCACACUACUAGGUGAUCCUGACCACAAGACACAGACAGCGAACAACAUGUCAACAAUGCACUCAACUCUGGGGAUGGAGGAGAUAGACUACCAUGAGCACCUUAAGCAGUCGCAAUCUAUGGAAACUCCACAGACCACGGAUGAGGCCGCGCACUCACGAGAACUUCGAAUCGAGACCAUGCGGAGGAAAUGCCACAGCGUCGCCCUGGUCGUAUCGCUGGAUUUUUCCUUCGCUCCAUUUUCCCUCCGUCUUCUCUCACGAUCUUACAGCAUAGAAGUGUCGGCACAGGCAGCACAAAGACUGGGGAAACUUAAUACCAUAUUGAUACAGUCAAAGCAAAUCUGA